CGAGACAAGGCGACACAUUCUCUUUCCAUCCCAAUUUGAGUUUCUUUAAGAAAACACAAGCCCACGCCCCUGCAGGUCUUACCUAUUUUUAGCCUACUUUUUAUCCUUGCUUUCUUUCUUCUUCUUCCUCCAUUUUGUGUUUCUUACUCAAACUGAGAAAAAAAGGGAGUUUUAUCUAGGGUUAGGGUUUAGAAAAUAGAACAAGUAUCGAUGAAAAGAUGGUCGAUUUAUUUAUUUUUGUUUAACCGGUAACCCCAAGGGAGCUAUGGGUUUUCAAUAAAACGGGAGAUAAUCGCUGACUUUGGCCGUCGAUUUUCGCUACAGUUGGUUGUUCCUUUUGUUGUUUACGUAUGGCUGCUGCGAAUCCUCAGCCACUGCAGGCGCGUCCGUUUGAGAACCACGCGCGGGGGACGAUACAGAUCGAGGAAGAUGAUGGGUACUACGAAGAUAACGCUAUGGAUGACGUGAUAGAAGCGAAUGGAAACUCGGUGAAUGUGGCUGAGCACGGAGCAGAAGUAAUAGGCGGUGUAAAUGGUGGCGGGGGCGCAGUUAUGGCGUCCAGAACUAGCGAGCUUACUCUCUCUUUUGAAGGAGAAGUUUACGUGUUCCCUGCUGUUACACCCGAAAAGGUGCAAGCUGUUCUAUUACUUCUAGGUGGUCGUGAUAUCCCCACUGGUGUUCCUACAAUUGAAGUACCUUUUGAUCAAAAUAACAGGGGUGUUUGUGAUGGUCCAAAGCUCUCCAAUCUUUCUAGACGAAUAGCAUCCUUGGUUAGGUUCCGUGAGAAAAGGAAAGAGAGAUGUUUUGACAAGAAAAUUAGGUAUACAGUACGGAAAGAAGUUGCUCAGAGGAUGCAUCGUAAAAAUGGGCAGUUUGCGUCUUUAAAGGAAAGUACCAGUACUUCAAGCUGGAAUUCCUCGCAAACUGACCUUCAUGAUGGUACUCGUUGUCUAGAAACUGUUGUCCGGAGAUGUCAACAUUGUGGUGUUAGUGAAAAUAAUACUCCAGCAAUGCGUCGUGGUCCUGCUGGUCCAAGGACUUUAUGUAAUGCGUGUGGGCUUAUGUGGGCUAAUAAGGGAACACUUAGAGAUCUUAGUAAAGGAGGAAGGAGUCUUUCCAUGGACCAAACUGAGCCUGGUAUACAUGAAACAACAAUUGAUGUCAAGCCUUCAAUUAUGGAAGGGAACUUCCCUGAUAACCAGGAUGAACGUGGGAAUCCUUCAAAAGAUGUCAUAGAUGGAUCCAAUAAUGCUUCUGUCAACCCAAAUGAAGAAGAUUUGCAUGAAAGUGCAGAAGAUCUUAAAAACUCUUUGCCUGUGGGAAUUGUUCAUCCCCCUGCAGAUGAUGAGCAGGAACCUUCGGUUGAGCUUGCUAAUACCUCGGAUACAGAAAUCGAGAUUCCUUCUAGCUUUGAUUAGAAGGUUUGUAAUUUGGAUUUGAUCCAACUAUUUGAAGAGAAGAGAGUAUUAGACACACAUGUGUCCGGGUAGUUUCUCGUGUAUUUGUGCUCGGUACAGUUGAAGAAAGUUUAUGGUGUUUAUACGGAGGCAAACGUAGCAGAUUGUGUGGGCUGCAAUGAUUAGGAAACCAGCUUGACAUUGAAUCCUGUAGUACAGUAAUCAGCUUGUGAAUGGGGAAAAUACAUGGUGCUGCUUGCUUUCAGCUUACAUUUUAGAUGCUUUGGAUUUAGGGUCACCUUGUUAUAUAAUCUGUGUACAUUUAAUAUGUUGUAUAAAUGGUUGAAUGCUUGUACUCGUUUAUGUAAUU